UCAGUCAUAACAUGGCCACGCCCCUAAUCUCAUACUUGUCAAGCAAAGCAGUCGCCCCGCCCCCUUCACAGACUGCUAGCAGCACGUCGCGGAAGAAAAAAAAAAAAAAAACAGCAGCAGCCGCGGCCGUUGGGGAAGAGAGUAAAUAGAGGGAGAAGCCUCAAGAUGGCUGACUCGCAGGGCUCUGUUCACCUCUCCGGAGCUGCGGCUGUUGCUGCUUCUCCUUCCGCUGCCGGAGCCUCGGUCAAAAACGGUCUCGGCAAGGCAACCGAGUCAAAGGGAGCCGCUGACAGCCACCCGCAAUGCUCCGGAGAUUUUAGCCCGCCGCCACCAAAGAAGGUCCGAGUCGAAGAGAGGAGCGUUAAAUCCAGGAAAGUCGGCAAGGACGUGGGCGACGGAAGCAACGGCAGCGGGAAAAAGAAAACCCAGCAGCUCACCAAACAGCAGAGUUGUGUUAGCAGCGGUAGCGCGGGCUUAUGGAGCUUCAGCCCGGUUCGGACGACCAGCAGCAGCGUCCCUGGCGGCGGCGGCGGCAGCGGCGGCAACCCUCCGGUGCCUGCUACCGGUGGAUCCCAGCCACUGAAAGUCUUCAAACAGAGCGAUUUCUUCCUCCACAAGGCGCCCUCCUCGAAACCCAAGUGUAAAGAUAAACAGAAAGAAAAGGAGAGGGAGAAGGGGAAAGGAGGCGGGGAGGAGAAGAAGAAACACAAACUGUUGUUGACCUCAGGUGUCGGGAAUAACGUUAGUAACAGCAACGCCAUUAAAGGGUUUAACAACAUUUCUGCGGCGAAGAGAGAAAAUGGAGAUGUCCUGUUACCAUCGCAAGAGAGCCCCAACAAGGAGAAGACGAAGGAGCGGCAAAAGAAGAAAGUCAAGGAACGAGAGAAGGAGAAGAAAAAGCACAAAGUGAUGAAUGAGAUCAACAGAGAGAACGGCGAAGUCAAGCAGCCGAUUAAAGAGGAAAAAGAGAAGGCGAAGAUCAACUCCGAGGAGCUGCAAAUCAAAAAGGUGAAGAAAAAAAAGAAGAAGAAACACAAAGACGGGGAGAAGCACAAGCGAGUGAAGAUGUACCACCGCUCCUGCCAGACCAUCUGCGCCGGCCUGCUCCUCCUACCGCCGUCUUCUCCGUCCGCCAACUCUUUCCCCUCCUCCGAGCAAACAAACACCUCUCCUCCGUCGCCUUUCAAGUCUCCGCCGGCUGUUUACCUUACGCCUAACAGCAAAACCUCCGAUCUCGGGCCCACUUCUCCUCCUCCUCCUCCUUCCAAUUCAACCUGUAGCUUCUCUAACUCAAAGAUCCCCUUUUCUGAGAAGCACCACUCUGAGAGCAUCCAUCCUGGAGUGGCGGGUCUGGAGUUCGCCCCCUACAUUUAUAUAGAAAAGCAGCCGAACGGAGGAGCGCUGGUAGCUCACGCGUACGCAUCUCAGCUCUCCUCUCUCUCUGUGGACCAGAGGCACAGAUUUGCCCAGGAGUUUGUCACCUUGUCGUUCAGCGAGGACCCAUCCAAGGCAGCUCAUUACGUCAUGGGAAUUGUUCACGGCGAAGCCAAGAACCUGCCCGACUUCUUGGAUUACUUUUCAACCAAGUUCCCGUCGGCCCCCGUCAAAAUGGAAAUACUCGGGAAGAAGGACAUAGAAACGACCACCAUGGCUAAUUUCUACUCUCAGGUGAGGAGAACCUACAGCCACGGUACGUACAGAGCUGGAGCGAUGAGACAGAUCAGCCUGGUGGGAGCCGUGGACGAGGAGGUCGGGGAUUAUUUCCCAGAGUUCCUAGGCUUGCUGGAGGAGUCCCCCUUCCUGAAGCGGACUCUUCCGUGGGGAACGCUUUCCAGUCUAAGAGGCAUGAGUCCCACUAAGAGCGACGACGGUCCCAUAAUGUGGGUCAGGCCAGGAGAGCAGAUGAUACCUGUGGCCGAUAUACCAAAGUCUCCUUUUAAAAGAAAGCGCUCCACUAACGAGGUAAAGAACCUGCUCCAGUCGAUGCCCCGGACCAGCGAGCCCAGAGAGGUGCUCUUCGAGGACCGGACCCGAGCCCACGCCGACCACAUCGGACAGGGCUUCGAGCGUCAGACCACUGCAGCUGUGGGGGUGCUGAAAGCUGUCUGCGCCGUAGAAAGCUCGGAGCCUCCUCGUGUAACCAAAGAUGUGGUGUGUUUCCACGCUGGGGAUUUCCCUUACGUCGUUCAGAGGCUGCAGUUGGACCUGUACGAGCCUCCGCUGUCUCAGUGUGUGCAGUGGGUGGACGACGCCAAGCUGAACCAGCUGCGGCGCGAGGGCAUCCGCUACGCCCGCAUCCGCCUGUGCCACGACGACGUCUACUUCAUCCCCCGCAACGUGGUCCACCAGUUCAAGACGGUGUCCGCCGUCUGCAGCCUGGCGUGGCACGUCCGCCUGCAGCAGUAUCACCAAAAAGAAGAAGAGGAGGAGGAGGAAGAGGAAGAAGUGACGCUGGGCAGAGAGACGAGGGAGAACGAAGUGAAGGGAAGGAUAAAGGAGGAGAGUGAGGAGGUGGACGUGGGAGAAAAAAGGACGUUGCUCGCUGACGUGAAGGAGGAACGCGACGAUCGUCCUUCGCCGUCUCUCUCUGUGAACUCUGAUGGUCUCUCAGAUGUCAGAGGAGACGAAGAGGAGGCGACGGGGAGGAAAGAAGAAAGAAAAUCCAAGUGGGACUCUCCUCCUGCGAAGGUGAAGGCAGAGGCUCCGACGUCUCCUCCCCGUGAGAGUAAAUCCCCGUCGCCUCUUCCUUCUCCUCAGAAAGACCCCAAAGCCUCAGCCAGACCUCCCCACCUCCUUCACCUCCUUCACUCAGACAGCAGGACAGUGUCUUCCGUUAAAAAUGUCCCCCCCUCGCCUCACAGACCCUCCUGUUCUCCUCCUCACUCCAAGUCUUCCGCCCGUGCGUCGCCCUCGCCGUCAGCAGGAGCGGCCUUCGCCUCGUCGCGCUCUGUGUCUGCUACCUCUUCGUCCGCCGCUCCAGCCUCCUCUUCCUCUCUGACCAGACCUCUUCCUCCCUCCUCCCCGUCGGCGCGUCCCAGGGACCCGGCCCACCUGAGGCCUGACGCCCGGACGCAGGCGCCGUCGGAGGCGAGGCCCCCGCCGGGGAGAGCCGCCGCCGACGCUCAGACUCGCACCGUCCAGGCCGAGCGGCGGACUCACCCGGCGGCGCGGACACAAACGGUCUCCGAGUCGGAGACGAGGACGAAGCAUCCGGACGCCCCGCCGCGAGGGAUGUACAUGCAGCAGUAUCCAGCCCAGCACCUCCCUCAGAUGCUGCCUCCGCCUUUUCCCCCUCUCCUGCCCCACUCCCACGAGCAGCACACUCUGAACUCCUUCCUCGGUCAGGCGGGGCCGCCGCAUUCGGUUCACCUGAGCCACCUCCACCCCCCCCACCAGCCCAGCGUCACCGCGCAGUCUCAGCCCUACUUCCAGCCUCCCCUCCUCCCCCCCUCCUCCUCGUCAUCCUCCCCCCAGCCAAACGCUCCCCUCACCAGCUCCCAGUCGUACUCGCCUCACUUCUCUUACCAUCACCAGUUUGCCAAAACCUUCUUCCCCCCUCAGCACCCCGGCUUCUCCUCUCACCCCUUCCUCCCCCAUCAGUCCUUCCUCCCCCACCCGCUGCAACCCCAGUACCAAACCUCGGCCCCGGCGCAGCCUCAGCUCCAUCUGACUCAGUCCUUCCCCUCCCCUCAUCCGCCUCCUCCUCCAUCCGCCACGCCGCCUCCGCCGCCUCCCCCUUUCCUGCCCCCUCCGCCUCCCCUGCCUCAGCCCUCCCCUUCAAUCAUCCCCCCUCCCCCGAGGCAUGACGACGAGCCGAAGCAGAUUUUAUAGUAGUAUUUGUACAUACGGACGCUAAAUUUAAUUAACUGUAUAUGUACAGGGUUUUGUUUUGGUUGUGUUGCUGUAAAAUUGUAAAAAAAAAAAAAAAAAAA